AUGCCGCAGCGCCUCGCCUCGGCCCUCAUCGCUCCCCCGACGGCGCCGGCCCAGUCUUCUUUGCCGACCAGCCCCACUUCGUCUUCAGGUGACGACCCGCUUGCCGAGCUCAUGGCCACGGAGCGCCUCGAGCACACGGGCUGGCCCUCCAACUUCGACCCGGUGGCUGUGGAGAUGGAGGCCUUCUGCGCGGCGGCACUGUCCUCGCCACUGUCCUUCCCGCCGGCAUCAACGUGCUCGCUUCCGUCACUGCCCGGCGGCAGGGUCACUGGAGCCCCCUCCCCGCUCGGCUUCUCCACGCCGCCCCGCGACGACGCUUCCGCGCUCGAGCCGGCCAGUGACGCCGGACCAGAGGACGACAGCAGCAAGCUCGACGCCCUCUUCGCCGCCCCUCCUUCAUCCGUCCUUGGCGCCACUCCGCCGCCACCGCCACCUCGCGCCCAUCCCAGCAAGGACAAGCCGACGCUCACCCCACGAUGCAAUGCUUGCCAGGCCGCGAUGCAGUCUUCUACGCCGGUCGCCCAGCGCGCCACCAUCCGUCUCGCCAAGGAGCUGGCGAUCAUCGAUGCGGAUGAGAAACGCGUGGACGUGGCUGCCUCCGCCCUAACCAAGGUUGCGACCAUCGACCAGGCGAUCGUCCGUGACACUGCUGGUAGUGCUUGCUCGUCGUGGCUCCAUCUGCCGGCUGACGGCUCACGCAACGGCGUGGCCAUCUUCUGGAACCCCGACAUCGUCUCCCUCUCUGCCCCGGUCCUCCGCCGGUUCUCGAUUACGGCCACCGUCACCCUGCUGCUGUCAGGGCUGGCCUUCGUCCUCUCCACGGUCUACGGUCCCGCUGAUGACACCCUCAAACCGGCCUUCCUCCAGGAGACGAAGGACCUCGCGCCGCCUCACGACAAACCCUGGAUCAUAGUUGGAGAUUUCAACCUCAUCUACGAAGCUUGCGACAAAAACAACCUCAAUCUCUGCCGCCUCUUGAUGGGUCAAUUCAGGGCGGCCAUCGACCACGCGGAGCUCUUUGAGAUGCGCUGCUCCAAUCGCCGCUUCUCCUGGAGUGACGAAAGGGAAAACCCUACGCUCGUGAAGCUCGACCGCAUCUUCUGCAACGCCGCCUGGGAUGGCCUCUUCGCACCCUACUCGGUCCAGGCCCUCUCGACGUCUCACUCCGACCCCUGCCACCUUCUCGUCGCAAGUUUCAGCAGCCCGCCGCGCAAAGGCCGCUUUCGGUUUGAAAACUUCUGGCCCAGGUACCCCGGUUUCUACGAAACCGUCGCCGCGGCCUGGGGAGAUCAGAUCGCCUCUCCGAAUCCGCUGACCCGCCUGCGCCUUCUUCUCCGACGAACGGCCCGCGCGCUGUGUGGUUGGAACAAGGGGCUCUUCAGCGAUGUCCGAUCUCAGUUCCAUCUCGCGUCGGAGAUCAUCCUUCGCCUCAACGAAGCUCAAGACUGUCGCCCUCUCACCCGCCUGGAGCUCCAACUCCAUCGGGCUCUCAAAGCUAGGGUUUUGGGCCUCGCGGCUGUGGAGCGCGCCCGCCGUCGCCAGGCCUCCCGGCAAGUUUGGCUUAAAGACGGCGACGCCAACACUCGCUUCUUCCACGUCAAGAUCAACGCCCGGCGAUGGAAGAAUUUUCUCCACCAAGUCACCACCGACUCCGGCAUCCACGUUGCCCAUGAAGACAAAGAGGCCGCGCUCCUCCGGCACUUCAUGGGCUUGCUAGGCACGACGGCCGCAGGCUCACGCACCCUCGCUUGGGGUGAGCUGCAGCUCCCUCGCUUCCCGGCGGUUGGCAUCGACAACCCCUUCUCUCUCGAUGAGAUCUGGGAGGCGAUCAAGGAUUCCUCGACCGAAAAAGCUCCGGGUCCGCACGGCUUCACUGGCAUGUUCUACCGACGAUGCUGGGAUUUGAUCAAGCUGGACGUCCUGGCCGCCUUCGACCAUCUUUAUGGGCUUGCCGAGGGCAACCUGGCCGCCCUCAACGCCACGCACCUCUGUCUGAUCCCCCAAAAGGAUCAAGUCAUGUCCGUCAACGACCUUCGGCCGAUCAGCCUAAUCCACUCCUUCGCCAAGCUUUUCGCCAAAGUCCUUGCCCAUCGCCUCUCUCCUUUCAUGGAAGACCUGAUUUCUCAUGCCCAGAGUGCCUUCCUCACCAAGGGGUGCAUCCACGACAAAAUUGACUUCGCGAAGGCUUUUGAUUCUGUGUCCUGGGAAUACAUUCUCUAA